AUGUUUAAUUUAAAUUUUUCGGCUAAAAUUAAAGAGGCAGAAGAGCAUGUCAAAGAAGGUGAAAAACAUCUGAAGACAUCGUUUUUGAAAUGGAAACCUGAUUUGGAUUCUGCCAUUGACGAAUUCGAUAAAGCCUGCACAUGUUAUCGCGUCGCAGAAAAGUACGAACAGUGUCGAGACCUAUCGAUUCGAUUAGCUGAACUACAAUGUCAAAAAGGAACUCCAUUUUUUGCUGCAAAGUCGUUUGAACAAGCGGCCCAGAUGACUCAACAGUUACAAGAUUUACCAGCCGCUGUGAAAUACUUUGACCGGGCAGGACAGUUGUAUACGGAAGGAGGUUAUCGUGAUUCGGCUGCAAUACUGUAUGAACGCUGUGCACCGCAGUUUCAGCAACUCGAUCGUGCUAUUUCCAUAGAUUUCUAUUUGAAAGCGGCACGUUUAGCAGAGCAAGAAGAAAAGACCUUCCAAGCGGCUGACUUGUACGAAAAAGCUGCUAUGCAAGCUGUUCGAACUGGUAAUUUCAAACAAACAGCACAAUUACUGGAAACAGUGACGAAUGUUCUGUCCAAAAUGGAUCGAUUCGAUCGUAUUAAUCGCGUUGUACUCUACAGAAUAUUACUGAAAUUAUUCGAUGAUGACAGUGUCGCUGCUCGGAAUAUUUUCGAUCAAGCUUGUCAAACUUAUCCAUCGUUCGAUCAAUGGGAAGAACGUGAUCAUAUUGAAUUAUUACUUGAAGCAUUCGACCAAGAAGAUAAAGACUUAAUUAGUCAACGCUGUCAAAAACCUUAUUUUAUGUCGAUCGAACCAGAAUUCGUUCGUUUGAUUAAACGAUGGAUACGACCGACAACUAAUAACCCUGAUCAACAACGUACUACUACUACGAUGACUGCAGCUCCGACAUCUACAAGUGCAACUAAACCAAUUCAGCUGGACGAUGACGAAGAUGAUUUACGUUAA